UGCGUGCGAACGCCGCUCACUUCUCCCUUUCCCUUUUCCUCGUCCGACCGCGACGCAGAGGGAGGGAGGGAAUCGUUCUCGUUCGAUCGAUCUCCUUUCCCUUCUUGAUCUUGAAUUAGGUCAUCGCCCAAUCCAUGGCUUCGAGGCGUAUCAUCAAGGAGCUGAAGGAUCUCCAGCGGGACCCCCCGACGUCUUGCAGCGCAGGACCGGUCGCUGAAGACAUGUUCCAUUGGCAAGCAACAAUAAUGGGUCCACCAGACAGUCCAUAUGCAGGGGGAGUUUUUCUUGUCACUAUCCACUUUCCUCCAGACUAUCCAUUUAAGCCACCUAAGGUUGCUUUCAAGACAAAGGUUUUCCAUCCAAAUAUUAACAGCAAUGGGAGCAUUUGCUUGGACAUCUUAAAAGAACAAUGGAGUCCUGCAUUGACUAUUUCCAAGGUGCUGCUGUCAAUCUGCUCCCUCUUAACUGACCCAAACCCAGAUGACCCAUUGGUCCCAGAGAUCGCCCACAUGUACAAGACAGAUAGGACCAAGUAUGAGACCACUGCAAGGAGCUGGACCCAGAGGUAUGCAAUGGGCUAAUGUUGUCUUAGAGAGACGGUUGAUGGGGGGCUUCUCUGUUAUGUGUGGUGGUUGCUUCUUGUCUGUUUAUUUGGAGAUUGAAAUGAUCUGUGCCUGCUUCCCGUAAUUUAUUAGAAGGUUAGGAAGGAAAGCCUCCACAAACCCCUCAGGGAACAUGUGUUUGAUUGUUGGUAUGAAAAAUUUAUAUCUGAAUCUUGAACACA